UCUUUUUUAUUUCGAUUUUGUUUCUAUAUUUGUGUUUGGGUUUAGUCAGUUGUAUUGAAGUGAUGAUAUUAUGGUCCAAGUUAACUUUUAGAGAUCUGACGUCUGAGUUCUUCCAUAAGCUAAUUUUUUAGGCCUGAGUUCCUAUAGAAUUAGUCUGUCAUCCAUUUCAUUUUCUUCAAGAUCAGAUAAAUGCUUCAUGUUUGGUUUAGCGAAUUCUUACUUCUAAAAACGGGAUAAUAGUUGUGUUAGAUGCUAGAACUGAUUUCCAUCGAUUAAAAUUGCAAGAAAUAGGGAAUAGAUAAGAUAUGUGCCCAUUCAAGAAAAGAGCUCGCUAAAGAAGCUCCUUUUGGUAUUUGUAAAUAGUUAGGGGAAAAGAAACGUAAAUGGUGGUGGUCAUCCAGUGCUUUGAAAGACUGUGGCUCUCGCUUUAUUCUUCGGUGGGUUUGGUAUUGGAAGAAUUUAAAAGAGAAAUGAGUUUUGUUAUCAAAAUGGCUUCUACGCUUACCAAUUAUGUCUCUGUUUCCUUCUUUGCUUUCAUUGAUUGCCCUUUAUUCUUGUUGUAUAUAAUUUGUGCCCUCGGGAUUAAUUGGAAUUGUGUUUCAUUUGUUCUGGCGGGCUUCUUUUAUUUAGCUUUUUUCAGUUUCGUUGGGGUCCCCCUUUGCAGUGUUAUUUAUCCUCUCUGUACUUCCAUAUUUCUGUGGGAAGUAGACAUCGCUUGAUGGAGGUGCCACUAAAUGAAGAUUCAGAGCUCCCAGCUUCCGCCGAUGCCGUUCAUCAACAACAGGAUAAUGUUCUCCCUGAUACCAUAAAUGGCGGAACCAUGGAGCAGAAGCAAGAAAUCUCUGAGGUAGAAGUAAGAGGGACACUAGAAGCAAUUGCAUCCGCAGGGAAAUUCUGGCAUGAUUGGGAGAAAUUGAAGAGCAUGCUUUCCUUUCAACUGAAGCAGGUGCUGUCAGAAUAUCCUGAAGCUAAAGCGUCUGGCGAACAACAAAGUACUUUAGGAGAAACCUUCCCGGAACUGGUAAAGCGGCUGGAUGAAGCACUUCUUAGCUUCAUUGAUGGUCCUCCAUUUACCCUUCAGAGGAUUUGUGAGAUCCUAUUAGAUGCACGUAGCAUUUAUCCCAAUCUCUCAAAGCUUGCGCUUGCUCUGGAAAAGAAUCUUUUGGUGACAUCCACGCUUGCCAUCAGUUCUGACCCAUGUUUACCGUCCCCCGACCCAAAGCCAAACGAGUUAGAAGAGCCAGAGAUAGCUGUGGAAGAACAAAAGCAUUUCUCCGAUGUAGUAGAAAACGGAAUUGAACCUAUAGCUGGAGACAGGGAUGAAGUAAUGGCAGAGGUUGAAGAGGCCGAUAUGAAUGAUGGUAUGACGAUGGACAUGGAAGCCUUAGUUGGAUCAUCUGAAACAAAUUCUGCUGCGAACAAUAAUUCUUAGCCUUCAUGACGCACCUUAAGCUGGCUGCUGUAGUUCUUCUGCUAAUCUCUUUUGGGGAAGAGCCAUGGCUGGUACAACAUAGAUCGUUCAUUCCAAUAUUGAAGAACUAUAAUUGUAUCCAUAGUUCUUCAAUAUGUCAAUUUCUUCAUUCCAAUGUAAUUGCAGGGAUGGUUAUUUUACACUCGGGGAGUUUUGGCGGUUGGGUACAACACACAUCGUUGGUACAUGGAAUUAGCCAACAAUUAUGAGCUACUGCUUUUGCUUGGAUGUUUUCUUGAUUAAAUAUGAGUGACAACCGAUGUUCUUGACCUCUAAACUUUUGAUAUGGCACACCCCAUUGGCCAAUGUAAAUGGUUUGCCCUCUUUGCAA